AUUUCACUUCGCUUGUUUCACCAAAAUGAGUGAAUCAAAUGACAUUUUAUCACCCAAUAAAGAUAUAAAAAUUUUCAAAUGGGUUGUUCACGAAGGAUCCCAAAUUUCAAAUGGUUCCAUUUUAUGUUUGUAUCAGUUGGAUGGUGACGAGAAGAUUCAACGUUUAAAGAACACACAUUAUGGCACAGUGAAGAAACUACUCCACAAAGAAGGAGAAACUGUGAAUAAAUUGUCGCCGCUUCUAACUUAUAUCGAAUGUCUUCAUACAACAAUCAUUCGAGAUUUGUGUGCUGAUUGUGGAGCGGACUUAGAACAAAUUGAUAUAGCUUCAUCGUCGAAAGCUUCAGUACCGAUGAUUCAUUCAGUUCCCGACUUAAAAGUUUCUGAAGAACUGGCAAAGAAACUUGGAAGAGCUGACACAGAUCGCUUAUUAAAUGACAAAAAACUUGUACUGCUUGUUGAUUUGGAUCAAACAUUAAUUCACACAACUAAUGAUAAUGUUCCUAACAAUCUCAAGGAUGUUUAUCACUUUCAAUUGUAUGGCAUAAAUUCACCUUGGUAUCAUACACGCUUAAGACCAGGAACUCUUACCUUUCUCCAAAACAUUGAUCCACUUUAUGAACUUCACAUUUGCACAUUUGGCGCUCGAAAUUAUGCUCACAUGAUUUGUGCGUUUCUUGAUGAGAAUGGACGUCUUUUUUCUCAUCGAAUUCUUUCACGUGAUGAAUGUUUGAAUGCUACGAGUAAAAAAGACAAUUUAAAAGCACUUUUUCCUGAUGAUUGUGGCGAUUCCAUGGUUUGCAUUAUCGACGAUCGUGAAGAUGUUUGGAAUCAUGCAACAAAUCUGAUUCAAGUCAAACCUUAUCAUUUUUUUCAACAUACUGGCGACAUUAAUGCACCCCCAGCGCUUGCAAAACGUGAACUUGAUGGUAAAGGAGUUGACUUUAACAAAAUUGUGAAGCUUCAAAAAGUUAAGGGGAAAAAGAAGACGAAAGAAGAAAAUGUUGAAGAGAAAAUUGAGACUGAAGAUAGGAAAGAAGAAGAUGUUGGCGAAAGUAGUAGUAGCUUUAAUGAUUCUGAUCAGAAACCACCAAAAAAUGAUGAAACCAGUGAUCAACAAACUGAAGAGAAAAAGUUAUCAAAUGAAGAUUAUGAAGAAAAUUUAGUGGAGAUUCAAGAUCCCGACGAUUAUCUUUUGUAUCUUGAAUCAAUUCUUAAACUCAUUCAUGAACGAUUUUAUGAUGUUUACGACAAAACGAAAAAUAUUCCUGACCUCAAACUUCUAAUUCCUAAGCUAAAAUCCGAAGUUCUUGUCGGUGUUUCAAUUGUGUUCUCGGGUCUUGUCCCCAAUAUUGUUAAGCUUGAAAACAGUCGGCCUUAUCUAAUAGCAAAGAAUCUUGGUGCUGAUGUAACUGAAGGAAUCACAGAUGCUACGACACAUCUCAUUGCUGCAUCGACGGGUACGCAAAAAGUAUUUCAAGCAUUAAAGAAUAAGAAAAUUCAAGUUGUGACACCUGAUUGGUUGUGGACAUGUGCAGAACGGUGGGAGCAUGUCGACGAGAAACUUUUCCCAUUAAGUUCAAAUCGUAAUCAUAAAAUGCGACAAAUACCAGCACAUUGUUCACCUGAUCGACUUCCAGAACCUGACGAUGUAAAGUUCAAUAAUCCUUACUUGCAAAUGUCUGACAAUGACAUCGCAUCAAUGGAAGCUGAAGUGGAAGAUGAUGAAAGUAGUGAAUCAGACGAUGAUGAGAAAGGAGAAAGUCCACCGGAAGCAGAAAGAGUUGCACGAAAGCGACGAUCGUCACCAGAUGAGAAUGAAGAAGAAGUUAAAAAGUUCCGUCCAACUAUAGACUUGAGUGGAAAAGGCGAUGAAAGUAGCGAGAGCGGUUCUGAACGUGAAUCGGGAGGAUCUGGAAGAAGUUCGUCAAAGGAAGAUGACGAUGAUGAAGAAGAGAGUCCAAGCGCUAAAUUUCGAAGAGGAGAAGAAAUUUCAUCAGAGUUUGAACUCGAUUCAAAUGAUAGCGUCGAAAGUGUUGAACAGCCAGGUGAUGAAGAGGACGAUGGAGAAUGGAACAUGAUGGGAGCUGCUUUAGAACGAGAGUUCCUCGGUUAUGAAGAUUAAAAUCAUUCAAAGAUUGUAAUUAGUUAAGAAGAUGAAUAAAAAAUGAAUUUUUUUCUGAACUAGACAAA